CUAAUCUGAAGACUCUAGAAGCUAGCUCCUCACACUAACCCACUGAGCUAAGACCAAUAGCACGUGAUGAUGCACAGAAGUGUAACACUAGCUGUAUCAGUGAAAUCAAGUCCUUAGAUGAGCCAACUGACAUGAUCUACACCUCAGCAAACCCACCACAACCAAUAGAUUCAACCAUGAUUGAAUCUACCCUCACAGACCCCCUACUGAGAACCCAACUCCCAUAACCCAAGUUAACCACUUCACUGAGAAACCGUGGAGACAAGAACCAAAACCACCAGACCCAGGAAUUCUCACCAAUAGAGACAACAGGGAACACCGAACCAGAGCAAUCGAUGAUAGGAGUGCAAGAACACCAGAACCAGAGCAGAUUAGUGGGUCUAUUGUUAGAUCUCGAGAACAAAGCAACUCACCUCAUUGCUUUCGCUUGGUGGAUCGAACAAAUUCAACUGAACAUAGAGACAAAUCGGGAGAGCACUCUAGUGAAACCAACUCACUCGAUCCAGAUGGUGUCCAUGAGAUCUGUGGAGGACGACCAUUAACGCAUUUGGAGCAUCGUCAAAGAUUUGGCAACUGAUAUACCCCCUACCUAUCCUUCUAUGGAUUUGUUAAAACUUCUUAUCUGGAACUGUCGCGGUGCCGACAAAAACACUUUCAAACGUAACCUUGUUGAGAUUAUUCGAGUUCAUAAACCGGAAAUCCUGAUCUUGAUGGAAAUGAAGGUGGCCUUUAGUACUAUAGGAAACUUCUUUAACAGGUUGGGUUUCACUGCGUCAACGUUUGUUGAUCCCAUUGGCAGAUCUGGUGGUAUCUAGAUUGUUUAGGACACCAGCCAUGUUAACGUCAAAGCUUCGUCACUCAGUUCCCAAGCCAUCCACACCACUGUCCAUAAAGAAGACUAUGAGGAAUAGGUCCUAACAAUGGUUUAUGCUAACCCAAAACCCCUCCCUUAGGGACUUGUUGUGGAAUGAUGUUGAGUCUGUUGCACAAAACAUGGAAAAACCUUGGCUGGUGGUCAGGGACUUCAAUGAUUAUGGUAGCCAGAAUGAGAGAAGAAGUUUCUCUCCAAAUCGUAACUCUAGAAGGACCCAUAAAUUUCUUGAUAAGGUGAACAAUUGCAACUUAUUAGACCUGGGUAGCACAGGCCCCAGACUGACAUGGAGGAAUAACAGACAAGGCCUUGCCAAUACCAUGGAGGGGCUUGAUCGAGCUAUGUGUAAUAAAGAUAAGAGGACAAUGUUCCCUGAAGCAACUGCCCAAGCACUCCCCAGAACAUAUUCAGACCAUUCUCCAUUGAUAGUCCACACCCAAGGUCAACUCAAACUUAACACAAAUAGAUGCUCUAAAGGUGACCCAGGCCAAGCUGGGUAUGGAGGACUACUGCGGGAUGAAACUGGAACUUGGCUGUGGCGAUACUAUGGUAAACUAGGCCACUGCUCCAGUCUGGAAGCUAAAUUAUGGGGCAUAUACAGGGGCCUCAUCAUCCUCUUUCAAAAAGGCACCAUAAAUGUGGUAAUUGAAAUUGAUUCUACCCAAGCUAUCACAUAACUCCAGGAUGGACCAAGCCAUCACUCACCUUAUAAGGCCCUCAUUGAAGACACCAAGUUUCUCUUGAAUAGAUGCAACUGCUCCAUCAACCACUCCUUCCGCGAGGAACAGAGUAGCUGACAAACUAGCAAAUUUGGGAGUAACCCAGGAUGAACAUGUGGUAGUCUUAGAAGACACACCUGAAGCAGUGAGAUCUCUGGUCAUUGCUGAUAUGACUAGAGUUAGUCUUGUAAGGGACUGACUUCUUGAAUUGUGAGGAUAA